CGUGGACUAUGACCAAUAAGGGGACACGUGUUUCUUGAGGCGUUCAGCUAUAUAUAAGAAGCAAAAAACAAUCAAGAGUGUGAGGUCGAAUACGUACACACAAAAACACAGUAAAACGUCUACCAGAAUACCAGGCGAUCGACGACCACCACCGCUAUUUUAACAGGACCUCAUAUCCACCACUUCCAUCGCCGCCACUCAUAUCCACCGACUGAUUCCUUAGUUGUACAAUCUGCGUUCUUCUAUCGAUCUUUCCGUUCUCCAUUUGGUUCGCUUGAUCGGUAUUGCCUAUAAGUAAUUCAGUCGUUUUGGCCAGGUUUAGCAAAAUGUCUGUGAGAUCGGAGUGCAUUGAUUCAAACUGCAAGGCCGGUCUGAUUGCGGCAAAUCAGGAAAUUCUGUUUUAAUAAAGAGUUCAAUGAAUGCCACCCCUGUUUGUGAUGCUAUUAAUUUGGGUGGGCUUUUAUUAUUUAAUUGAUGGGGCUAGGGUUUUAGGGGAAACGAAUGAUUCAUCGAAUGCCAAUGGGGUGGUCGAUGUAGAAAUGAGAACUGUAAUGGAUGGUGUUGGUCAAUAGGAAGUAGUUAAGUCAGGCACGCUCAUUCCAUAUAAUUUAUCAUGAGUAACUUCAAAUACUGAUGGUGAUCUGUAUGUAAAAAGAGAGGGUCUGACGUUGCUGUUGUUGCAGGGGAGAUAAAAAUGGAUCAAAAGAAAGAGAUGAGUUUUAUUGUGGAUUUGAAUUUGGCGGGCGAAGAAGAAGCUGUUGAUCCAACGGGUGAGAUUAACUUGCCGCUUGCGGGAGAUUUAAAUGGGAACGUCGAUAUUCCUGUUGAAGAGAGUGGUUUACCUGUAAGGCAACGCGCUGGGAUGGACGUUGAUUCUCACGCUCUGUUACCAAAAAAACGUCCAAAAGAGAAUCAAGUAGAAAAGGAAGGCGACUUUUAUGUGUCUGAUUUAGUGUGGGGUAAGGUUAGGAGCCAUCCCUGGUGGCCCGGUCAGAUAAUUGAACCUUCUGCUGCCUCUGAGAGAGCUAUGAAACACUUAAAGAAAGAUAGUUACUUGAUAGCCUAUUUUGGGGACCAAACUUUUGCAUGGAAUGAGGCAUCAAAGUUAAAACCAUUUAGAAUGUAUUUCUCUGAAAUGAAGGAGCAAAGUAAUGUCGACACUUUCUGUGAUGCUCUUGAUGGUGCCUUGAAUGAGGUCUCCCGAAGGAUUGAAUUUGGGUUGGCCUGCCAAUGCUUGCCGGAGGAUGUACUUUCCAAAUUAAAGUUUCAGGUGUUGGUUAAUGCUGGUAUUCAAGAUGAACCAACCCGGUUAUAUGGUGGAGACAACUUUUCAACGGCACGCUCUUUCUUUCCUGAAAAGCUCAUGAACUAUUUGAAGGCAUUAGCUGAAUCCCCACGGUCAAACUAUAGUGUUCUGGAACUUGUGACAGCAAGAGCACAGUUGUUGGCUUUAAACAGAUUUAAAGGGUACAACCAGCUUCCUAUGCUUGAAGAAGUGAAAGGUGUUUCAGAAAAUGAUGCUGAUCUUCAGGUUUCACCCAGGGAUGAGAAUUUUGACAAUUUAGGUUCCUGGGGAGACAAUCCAGCUGCAAAUGGAAAAAGGAAAUUACCUUCUUGUGGUAAUGAGCUUCAGCAAAAAAAGAAAAGACAAAAGUUGAGUUUGAUGUCAGGAAGCCAUUCAGGUGAUCCAAACAGUGAGAGCAAAUUUCAAUGGGAAGGUGGCAGCAAAGAGACUAAUCUUGAUAGUAAGAAAAGGAAAGUGGUUGGUUCUGUAUCUAGUGAACAUAGAGGGAAAAGUGGCCGUAGAGGUUCACAAAAAGCUGUGGUUGAUCAUGAUGGAAAGGUUGUCAAUGCUUCUAAUUCUGGGGCUUCGACCUUGACUUCAGAGAAUUUGUAUACGGGGAAGAUAUAUCUGGAAGAAUGCCCUCCUAUGAGUGAGAUACUUUUGAAGCUGUGUGUUGCUGCUGCUAGUCCCCUGGAAAAUUACCUGUCCUUAACUUCAAUUGCUGGUGUUUUGGGUGAGUUCAGGAAUUCUAUCUCUCUGGAAACUGACACAUUUAAGGAAGAAACAGUAUCUUCAAGGGAGAUAGAAAAAAAGCUAUCCAAGGCUACAGGAACAUGUCCUCCUGUGAGCAAGAUACUCUUAAAGCUGUUUGUUGCUGCUGCAAAUCCACUGGAAGGUUACCGUUCCUUAACAUCAAUAGCUGGUGUUUUGGGUAACUUCAGGAAUUCCAUCUGUCUGGAAAAUAACGAAUCUAAAGAUGUCCCAAUGUCUUUGAGUAAGACAGAAGAGAAGUUGUCCAAGGGAAGUGAAGCAACCGAGUAUGUUGGAACUGAAGACUCUUAUUGGACUGACAGAAUAAUCCAAAACAACUCGAAUAAGCUGGUGCCUUUUGGUCCUGAGACCAUAGGUAAAAAGGUUAUUCCUGUUUCUGAAGGGAAUACGAAUGUGAUCGUGGAUGAUGAACAAGAAGUGGAUGCGGAGGACUCAAGUCUUCCUGCCAAUGGGAACUCUGAAGACUAUUCUCCGACUACACUGAUCUUAAACUUCAGUGAUUUGGAAUCGAUUCCUUCAGUACCUAAUCUGAACCUGAUAUUCCAUCGAUUUGGACCAUUGGAGGAGUCGAGGACUACAAUUCUUACCAAGAGCAAGCGUGCAAAACUUAUCUUUAAGAGGCGUUCAGACGCAGAAUGUGCAUUCAGCAGAGCUGGGAAAUUCAGUAUUUUUGGACCAGCACUUGUCAGCUACCGCCUUAAGUAUGAACCUAGCCUAUCUUCAUCUACCGAACUAACAAAAAGCAGCAAAAAAGUUCGGCGCCGGCAGAGGAAGUCGUCGGAGAAGCAACCAUAUAAAGAGAAAAAAUUUUGAUGUCCGGUGCAAGCAUAUUCACAUGAGAGCGGUGUGGUGGUAUAUGUUGCACUCACUCGUAUGUUUUGUAAAUAUUGCCGUUACUUUUCAUCCUCAGUCUUAAAACCUUAAAAGUUUCGACAGGAUUUUCAUUUGGAUUCUCCGUACAUGGAGUAAACUAUUGAUACCUUUUGUAAGUAUUGUUCAUUUUUUUUGCGUUUACCAUAUUUCAUAUUUCAGACGAAAGUUUAAAGUAUGUGAGAAUAAUGUUUAAAAAUAAGUGCUCCCACCACAGACCAUCUUCCGCCAGUAUCGGACUGCCAUUCCGGCCAGCCGGUGAUUGGUGAUCGCCCUGUGGUGGAAGGUGUUGCCGUGAUGGCGGCCUGGCCAAGUGGUGUAAGGUGGUGGUUGAUGUCUUGAUGAU